AUGACGUCUCGCCGCGGCGCAAGCGGCCGCCGCUCGGAGCACAGCCACUGGAAGUCCCGACGCUUCGGCACCAGCCGCAGCAGCAGCAGCAGCGCCCGCUGUGGCCACGCGGUCUCGUUCCGCGACGAGGGCUACAACGACCACGAGAGCGUCUGCAUCGCCGAAGACGUCGCCGGCAUCGCCGGCUUUCGCACGCCGAGCCAAAUAGGGUUCCACGGCGUCGUCAAGCAGCGCUACGACGACUUUCUCGUGCACGAGCUCCGCGCGCGCUCCCGCGUGCCAGUGGUGCUCCAGCACGUGGUCAAGAAGCGGCCGCACGUGGUGCAGGUCGUUCGCGAGCGCGUGCUGGCGUGUGUGCUGGAUCGAAAGGACGCUCAGGGCUUGGAGACGGAUGGCGCGGGGCAGCUUGACGUGGACAAGCAGCUCCACGAGACCCUGCGCCAAGUGACGGGGAAACUGCAGCAGACGUUGCUCCAGCAGCAGAUUGACAGCCAACAGGCGCACGAAGCGUACCAUUUGCGGCAACUGGUGCUGCUGGUGUCGAAAGAGAUUGGCGUGAAAAAAGGCAAAGAGUUUGAGCAGUUUCUCAAGCGCGUCGAGCAGGCGCAAGAGGCGUUUGAACGCAAGCAGCGCGAGAAACGAGCGGACACGGACCUCACGGCUGCCGCGACAGCUGCAGCAGAGGGCUUGACGUUCUAUCUGGGUGGACUGAACGACAAGGCCGACCGCGUGUUUAUUCAUGAGACCAUGAGGAGGUACGGAAGGACGCGGAUUGUGGGCGACACGCUCAAUAUCGGCAGCGAUACGGCUGUUAUCCGUGUGCGACCUCGAUUUGCCGUUCAGCUGUUGCCGGGGGAGAGGGACGAGAAACGAGACUGGCCGGUCGGACAGCCGGACUACUUGCAGUUUACGCUGUACAAGCGCAACAAGGAAACAACAGCUGUGAUCAGUCAGCUCGCAUCCAUGUUGAAGGUACUUCCGAAGGUGUUCUCGUAUGCCGAGGUGAAGGAUAAGCGUGGAGUCACGACGCAGCUUUGCACGAUGUAUCGCGUACGUAAAAGUCGUGCACAGCUUUUGCUCCGGCCUAGUAGUUCGAGGAAACUGGAAGACCAGCCGUUUCUAGUGGGUGACUUGCGUUACGUGCCACGGAUGGUUGAGCUUGGCGACUGCGCUGGCAACCGCAUUGCCAUGGUGAUCCGAUCGUUGCCAGACGAAAACAAGCUGUCGAAGGACGAUGUGGGCCAAGCAGUGCGCAGCUGGGAAACGUGCGGGUUUAUCAACUUUUUCGGCUUACAGCGUUUCGGCCACUCCAGCACUUCGUAUCACUUACUUGGACGCGCAGUGCUGCGCAAGGACUACAAAUUGGCUGUAUUGUUGGUACUUCGCCCGCAGGAAGGUGAAGCUAGUAAGAUCCGCGCUGUCAGAGAAAACUUUCGCCAGCACAAAGAUGUGGCAGCAGCCCUGCGAUUGCUCCCGCCGUUCUUGGUCCCAGAGCGGGCGGUCCUUGAAGGUCUCCAACAGCAUGGCAUGGACGCGCACAAACUAGCAUUCAACAACAUUCCGAAGCCACUUCGUGUGUCGUUCGUCGAGGCGUAUCGGUACUUCGUGUGGAAUGAGAUGGCGAGUAUGCGCAUGUCGAAGCUUUCAUCGACGUCAGCGGUUGUUGGCGACAUUGUCUUUGCGAAGGAGAUCGGCCCGAGAAUGCCACAAGCCCAUGGCGACACAAGUGAACCGACGAAGAAGCGCCAACGGACUGAAAAGAGUCUGACGCGACGACGUGGUCAGGAGAUUGUGGAACUCACUGCGAAUAACGUGGACCAGUACUCGAUCGAGGAUGUGGUGCUGCCACUACCAGGACACGCGAUCAAGUACCCCACGAACGAAAUUGGUGCUGCGUAUCGGAAAAUGCUUACGACAGACGGUAUCGAUUUGAACGCGCAUUUCGGUGCGGACGGAAGUCAAGAAUACUUGCUAGACGGAUCGUAUCGCCACGUGGUGAAAAAGCCCACUCGUGUAUCGUUCCGGUUGGAGCGCUACACGGAUCCGACAAAGCCUCUAUUGUUGAACGACGUUGACGCCUUGCUUGCAGAAUCUUCUGCAUCUUCGCACGGUAUCGUCACUCCUGAGACCACAGCAGACAAGUUGUCGCAAGAGCAGACAGAAGAUGGACUACACCGCGCAUUAGUGCUUGAAUUCGAUCUAGACUACGAUGUGGACGCGAUGAGUGCUAUUCGCGAGCUGAUGAAGCAGAGCGGCAGUGCGCAUGUCCAUUGGAAGACGUCUAACUCUCACACAACAAGGGGCGAAGCCACACAAACCAGCGGCGGUCCGUCCAAUACCGACUCUGGGUCGAGUGGUGUUAGAGCUACUACGUCGAGUACGAAAUCGGGUCGAGGUGACGCACGCAAGAUCAUUAAAGCUCAGAAAACGACUCAAGUGGCCAUCGGCCGCCCAGGGUUCAGCCUUGGCAGGUCAUAG